AUGGCUGCUGAUGACUCUGCAACUGGUUUGCUAACUGCAUUGACAUCCGCCUUGCAGCUGGCCACUUCUACGUUUCCCGAUGACGAGGCCCAAUUCCUGCCUCCCAGCGAAGGGAUCUCUCUUCUGGACAUUAAGAACGACCUUUUGCUAUCCUAUCUUCAGAACUUAACAUUCCUCAUCCUACUGAGACUAAGACAAGGCGAUGGGUCGCAUGGACAUCAGGAUGUGGGAGCCGAGGUCGUGAAUACACUGGUUGAGCUGCGAGUAUACCUGGAAAGAGGCGUUCGACCAUUGGAGAACAAACUGAAAUAUCAAAUCGACAAGGUCAUCAGAGCCGCAGAGGAAUCCGACCGGCGUGAAGCCAACAAAGGUUCCACCGCGCUCCAAAAGAAAAAAGACCGGAGCAUACCCACUACGAAAUCGCUUAAUCCAGGCUCAGAUGUCUCUGCGUCCGAGUCGGAAGACGUCGAGUCAGACGAGGAGGCAGACGGAGAUACUGACGGGGACAUGGCGGCGGCACCAAGACCUGCCGCAUUGCAACGCAAAAUCGACCCCUCUCAGACAAGAGCGCAGUCUGCAACAUCACGGGCCGCGGGGACCGGUGCAUACAAGCCUCCAAGGAUCACUCCUACAGCUAUGCCGGAAGCGUCGUCUACGCGAGAUCGCAGCGACCCUGCGCGAAAACGAAGAUCACAACUUCUGGAUGAGUACAUUGAUGAGGAGCUCUCAUCUGCACCACGUGCGCAACCUUCCAUCGGCUCAAACAGUACCAUUGUCCAGCAUGGACGCGGCGCGAUGUCUUCGCGGGAGCGGGAACGUCAAAAAGAGCGUACAGAGUACGAAGAGCGCAACUUUGUACGUCUACCAGCUCUCAGCAAGGCAGAAAAGCGGAAGGCAAGGUCACAGGGCGAGCGUAACCAGAGGGACCUGUUUGGUGGCGAGGACUGGACUGGACUGGGUGGCCUGGGUGAUAGGAUCAACAGGACUGUUGCAGGGCGUUCGCGAGGGGAGAGCGGAGGGGUGCUUCAACGACGAGAGAAACGGCGGAGAGAUACACAGGACGGGCCGAGAGGUGACGGCGUUGGCAUAGGAGAAACCUUUGAAAAGAAGAGAAAGAUCAUGCAGCAGAGGGCCGAUCGGAAGACUAAAAGGAAAGGAUAG